AUGUUAGUAGAUCCACCAAGUUUAAAGGUAAUAUCAUCAUGUUGUGCUUUAAGUGAUGUAUUAGAUGAAGGUAUAGAAUUAAUAGAAGUCUUAACAAAACGUAGAGAACCAUUACGUAGUAAAAAUGUCUUAUGUAUAUUAAGUAAUGAUAAAUAUUUGGAUAUAUUAUUUAAGGAUUUUAUACCAGGGAAAGAAAAUUAUUUGGGUGUAUUUUUAAUGUUCAAUUGUCAUAUGAAAGAUGAUAAAAUAUUACGUAAAAUCGCACAAAAUAUUGAUUUCAAUAAGAUACUUGGAUGUGUUGAAUUAUUUCUUAACUUUGUACCAUUUGAAUCCAAUAUUUUCUUCACACAAAUACAUUCCAUUAAUUCUCUCUAUACUAAUAAUAAUUUAAAUGAUUAUAUUAAUUCUGUCACAAGUAAAAUUAUAAGUUUAUGUAAUGUAUUAAAUUUAUUACCAAAUAUAUAUUACUACGCGAGUGGUACGAGUAGUACCACGAGUACUACUAACAGUACUACCACUAAUACCAACACUAAUACUACUAAUACUAAUACUAAUACUAAUACUAAUUCAAUAAAUAAGACAAUAAAAAUGUUAUGUAAGAAGUUGAAGGAAAAAUUAAAUGAAACGUUAAGGGGUAAAAAUAUGAAAAAUUGUGAUUUGAUUAUAUUUGAUCGUAGUAUAGAUUUUACACCUUUAUUUAUACAUGAAUAUAGUUAUCAAGCAUUUGUAUAUGAUUUAUUAAAUAUCCCAUAUUGUUCUCAAGAUACAAUAGAGAGAAUGGAUCAAAUGGAUGGAGUUAGUGGAGCUAGUGGUAGAAUGAGUGGAUCUGGUAAUAGAAUGGAUGGAAUGAAUAAAGUUAAUAGGAUGGAUAAUUGUUAUGAAUAUAUUGUUGUUGGUAUGGAUAAUAGAGAGAAAAGAAUAGCAUUAUUAGAUUCGGAAUUGGAUAUAUUAUGGUGUAAAUAUAGACAUAUGCAUAUACAAGAAGUGAAUACAUUAGUAUUGAAUGAGAUUGAUAAAUUUAAGAAAUCAGGUACAGGUAAGAUGAAUAUGUUGGAACAGAUACGUAAUUUACCAAAUUUACAAUAUUUAAUUGAAAAGUAUUGGGCACACUUGAAUUUAACAAAUGAAUGUUUUGAAGUAGUACAGAGAUAUAAUUUAAUAAAAAUUAAUGAGCUGGAACAGAUAAUGUCUACAAGUCUGGAUAAUAAUAAGAAACAUAUAUCACACACGAAGAUAUUUGAUAAAUUAGUGGAAAUAUUGGGAAAAUAUGAAAAAAAUCAAAGAAUUAAUUCAUUUCAAUUAAAACAAGGACCGGAUAAGAAGUUAUUAUUACAAUCACGUGACGGUGGGAGUGGUGUAGGAGGUGUGGGUGGUAAGGGAGAGGGAGUAGGAGUAGGAGGAGGUAAAUCAGGUACAGUUGGAGCAAGCACCGUAACGGAGGAAGAUAAAAUAAGAUUAUUAAUGAUAUAUUUAUGUAAUUAUAAUAUUGGUAUGAAUGGAUUAAAAGAAAUAUUAAAAGAAAUAAGAUUAGAUGAUAAGAGUGUACAAAUAUUACAAAAAAUAAUACAAUCAUUACCAAUUAUAAAAUCUAAUGAUGGGAAAAUAAUACAUCAAUUAACUAAUGAUAUGAUUAAUUAUUAUAAGAAAUUAAAUACAGAAUAUGAUUCUUCAAGAUAUAUUUCUUAUCUCAUUUAUACUGUACAACAAUAUAUUAAACAUUUUCAUCAUGAAAAUAUUUUGUCAUAUGACGGUAGGGGUGGUGGUGGUAGUGAUGGUAUUAGUGGUAAGGGUAAUGAGGGAACUUCUUUGGGGGGUGCCGUUGGAGCAAGCACCGUAAUGGAUAAAAAAAUAUUAGAAUUAAAAACAUUUGAUGUAUUGAUAGAAAAAGAAGAAAUAGAUGAUAGAAGAAAAUUAAUAAUUUAUGUAUUGGGUGGUAUAACAUUUAGUGAAUGUAGAGAAAUUUAUAAAAUUAUCAAUAAAAAAAAUAUCGAUGUAUAUUUUGGAGGUGAUGAAAUCAUUAUACCAUCACAAUUUUUAAAUUAUUUCCAUUAA